CUACCAUCAAGGUACGAACUCGUUCCUCGACCGUUCUCGCAGCCCCCCCUGCUGCUCGCCACUAUGCGGUCCGCAUCUGAGGCCGAGAAGUCUUGGCGUCAGCUUGACAACUUUCACUCGUUGACCGACUUGAAGAUUCACGUAUCUUCACACAAGGAACCGCGGCUUACUGCAGGUCUUCGUUCGGUCUGCUGGAAGAUCUUCCUCGUUUUCAAGACACUCGACCGCUCGUCAUGGCCAACCCACCUUGCCCAUUCCCGCAAGACCUACGAGUCCCUGCGCACACACUAUCUUCGCGCGAUACAGCACCCUGACGAGUUCGAGUCGUCCGUAGACCCAUUGACCGAAAUCGACGAGUCCCCAUGGGUAGCCCUCCGCGCCGACGAAGAUCUCCGCGCCGAAAUCUUCCAGGACAUCGAGCGGUGUAUGCCCGACAAUGUAUACUUCCGGCAGCCCGCAACUCAGAACAUGAUGUUGGAUAUACUGUUCGUGUGGUGCAAGUUGCAUCCAGACAUAGGGUACCGUCAGGGCAUGCAUGAGAUCCUCGCACCGUUGCUUUGGGUCGUGGAAAGAGAUGCUAUAGAAGCGACAGGCGGAAAGGCAGGUACCACGGACGGUACACUCGCAGAUAUGAUGGAUUCGAGAUACAUUGAGCACGACACGUAUACCCUGUUUUCGCUCAUCAUGCAAACGGCCAAGUCAUUCUAUGCGCCUGCAGAGCCGGGCUCGAUAACGACAGACACGCCGAUGCUUGCCCGAAGCUCGAGAAUCUUUGAAAGAUACCUGCCAAAAGCUGAUCCAGAGCUUUUUGCCCACCUCACGAAGCUCGAGGUUGUGCCUCAGAUAUUUCUUCUACGGUGGAUACGCCUCCUCUUUGGGCGAGAAUUUCCCCUAGACUCCGUCUUCGACAUGUGGGAUGCAUUGUUUGCUAUCGAUUCAUCGCUGGAACUUGUUGAUAUGAUCUCCAUAGCCAUGCUGCUGCGGAUACGCUGGGAUCUGGUUGCAGCCGAUACCAACGAGGCCUUUACUUUGUUGCUAAGAUAUCCCGAGCCCCCAGAACCCGCCUACACUUUUAUCAAGGAUGCUUUGUAUCUUCGCGAUCAUCUCACUCCACAGGGAGGCGCUGAGAUCAUUUCGCGCUACGGAAAGCAAGCACCCGUGAUUGAGCUAGAAGCAUCACCAAAUAUCCGUGAUGCAUCGCCAUCGCCAUCCUUUGUUUCUAGCCGAACACGACAUAAUCUAGGAUCGCCGAAAAGUAUCGUGGGCCAGCAAGGAGCUGGGAUCGAAGCCUUGCUACAAGGUGCUGCGAAGAAUGUCUUGGAACGCGGAUCGCAGUGGGGAGUCGGCAAAGCUCUCCGCGAUGCUGUGGGCGAAGUGCGGAAAAACGUCGAGGCUUACCAGUCAGGCACAAAUUCAGGCCAGACAACGCCAAGAUCUGGAGGGAGAGAGUUUCGAAAGCCUGCGCAGAUCGGCACAGCCUCUAAUGCGCGACCAGGUCUCGAGCGCAUGUAUUCUGGUAAUGCAAUGAAGAAGAUUGAAGAGCUGGAUAGGAGAAACAAGAGCUUAGCAAAGAUGUUGGAAGUUGCCGUGGGCGACCUCUGGGAGUACCACAGGGAGCGCAACGAGGAGCAAAAGCCGAAAGAGGACGACGAAACGGGAAAGGCGGCCAUGGAAGCACUGAGUCUUGCUAUUGCCAAAGUGCAGUUCGUGCAGGUAUAUCUCGAGGACUCGUCGAUACCACUUCCCAUCGACGAGGUUACCGAACAAGCAGCCACUGCAAAGGCGGCGGCAACUCUCACGUUCUCACAACCACAGUCGCCUGUACCUCCAGAGCGGACGUCAAGUGUGCCACCAAUAUCAGUAACCACCACCUCUGAACCCUUACCGAUGGCAAGCGCCACGACCAAGGCUCUAUCACCAGCAUCGCAGUUGUCAACAAACCUAUCCCCGCGCUCUCGGCCUCACCUCACAUCCUCGAACUUCUCAUGGAUGCUCGGCGAAGACUCGGCGUCUUCCAACUUUGCUUCGGGCACCACGCAUUCGACCUUUUCAUCCGACGAGAAGAGGCGAAUGAAGGGCAAGGGUUUCUUGUUUGGAGAUGGAGACGACGAUGGCAAUGCCAAGGAGGGGAAAAGAGGGAGUGUCAGCAGCAAAGGCAGUGCCAAAAGUGGGAAGACUGCAAAGGGGAAGCAUGUACCCGAGGUAGAGAUUGAAGAGGAGAUUAUUGACCUAGAUAAUAUGGGGAAAAGAGGCGUGAUGUAGACCUGGCCGCCGAGACGGAUCACACUUGCAGCCACCGCCAACGUGGCUGUGGCACGCCUCCACUUCGCAAAUAGACUAGGAGGCCUUACUCAAGCUCCAUUCUGUAGCACCAGUCCAUGAAAGUUUCAGUGCGGUAAGGGAAGAGUCCUCCGUUUGUAACGUGUUGACAACUAUAUACAAACUGUGUUAACAUUACCUCGUUCUAGAGAGUUGGGGCAUCUAUCGGGCAUGCAACUUCGAAGCUCAAAUCUUACAUAAUGAAGGAGUAGUAGGGUUACAGUAUUUAAACGUCAUCUUCCUCUUUCAAACAUGCACAGCGGGCCAUCUCAUACUCUGUUUAAGCCACCUUCUUCCAAGCAGC